UUUAUAACAUUCAUGUUACUGUGAUGAUUGUCGACGUCAUUCGCCUCAUAAUAAACACCAAUUUUUCGUAUUUGGCCAUUCCACGUGUCACAGUCGAUUAGUUAUUAGAUCAAUUUGGUUUGAAAUUUUUUUAUCGUAUUCGGCUUUCAAGAUCCAAAAAACGAUAAAAUGUAAUAGUAAGACAAGACCUCUUCAAAAUUCAAACGGCUAAUGUAGGCUAACUCGUCUACGAACUUAACUACGAUUCGCGCUACGAUCGAUAUGGCUUCCGUGAACGUCAAAAGUUAAGCAGAAAGCGAUUGGCCUCAGCGUAGCGUUUUAGAAUGUCAAAUAUUUUUGAGAGAAUAAUUAAUGUCGGAACCAUUAAAACUUUAAGCGUACUUCAAAAGUGAUGUCUCUUUUUUGAUUUUUUUAUUAACGUCAAAUUGCCUGUGAAUGUUUAAUGCGGAAAAUGAGUAGCGACGACAGCCAAGAAAAUUCUCGUCAGAGAAAAAGAAAAGUACGACGAGUUGUUGAUGAUAGCCCGGCUAGUACAUCUAGCGGUAGUCCCGUUUUUGGGUCUUCGUCGGGUGGUAGACGACGACGUGUUCUUGUUCUACAAGAAGAGUCAUCUGAUUCGGACAGUGAUAACUCCAUCUUACUGGUUAGAAGGAAAAAACUUGCUAGAGUGACAAGUGAUAGCGAUGGAUCAAGUAGCUCUGGAUCCACGCUUUUCCGUAAGGUUAAAAGCACAGCUCCACUUACAGAUUCCGGUAGUGAAAAUUCCAGUUUCCAAUGGGAUUCUGACUCUUCAGAAGUUAACAAUGAAAGAACCGAUUCUCAAAAAGCAGUCUUGUCUGUUAAGGAAGAAAAGAGUCUUGACUCAGACUCAAGUGAUGGGCAGUCUGAAAAAUGCCCAAUUUGCCUCAUAUCGUUCAGGAACCAAGAGGUGGGUGUCCCAGAAAACUGUGAACACAUGUUCUGCCUCGAGUGUAUACAAGAGUGGUCAAAAAAUAUGAACACUUGCCCUGUUGAUAGACAAGAAUACACAUCAAUAUCAGUAAAAAGAAAUAUUAAUGGAAACAUUUUAAGAAAAAUUGAUGUAGAAAAACCACAAAACCAAAGUGUAAUGGAUAUUGUUGAAGAUCCAACAUUUUGUGAGAUCUGUGGAUCUGAUGAUAACGAAGAUCGUUUGCUCCUUUGUGAUGGUUGCGAUCUUGGUUUUCAUUUAUAUUGCCUGACCCCAGCUCUAACGGAUGUUCCAGAGGGGAUCUGGUAUUGCAAUGACUGCAUAACAUUGGAUCGACCAUUGUCAGACAUCGAUCCGGAUGAGGUCAUUGGGCUGUGGGAUGAUGCUGAAAUGAUGCUAAACAGGGAUGGGUGGAAUACCAGUCAGAGACUCAGAUCAUUGAGAUUGGUGCCGCGCACGACCCAAACCGAACGCGUGCGACGCCGUAUCGCGAACAAUCGCACCCGGAGGCGGCGAAACGAAACGCCCGCCGCCGCCAACGACGACGAGCACCAACAACCGUCGACGUCGUCCGGCGUCGUCGCUGACGACCGCGUUUCGAGCACGUCCGGGAAAAAAACGAAAAAGAGGAGCGCGCGGCAACGUCGCAAACGACGCUCCGCCCGCAAGCCGACGUAUCGGACGGUGUAUGAGAUAGACAGCGUGACGGGCGAGGCGGUCCCCGUAAAAAAACGCGUCAGAUCGAAAAAAUACAAAAAGUACAAGAGAAACAAGGCGAUGAAGUCGACGCGCACGAGACUCGUCGAUCAGCUGCGCGCUUGCGCGCCCCGACGUUUACCGAACGCGCCCGAAAACUUGUCGGACAUUCGGCACAGAGCCGGCAUCGCCCGAUUGGACAUUUUCGGCCACGCGAACCGAUUGGAUUACUUUAGCGAUUCCGAAAACGACGACGUCGAAGUGGAAAGGGGAAUAUUGUUGAGCAGGAGGGCGGUGGUGGAUGCGACGCGUCGCCGCGGCAGACUGAAAGCCGCCGCCGUCGCGGACGUCGUCGUGUCGAGCACGACGGACGACGUGCUGGGCAGCAUCAUGGAGACGCAAGAGAGGUUCCACUCGAAGAACGCGAUCAUGUCGGUGCUCGAUUCGAGCGGCAAGUUGCAGAUCGACCGGCGUAAACGCGAAAGCAACAAUAAUAAUAUCGUAAACGGUAAUAAUUCGUACGCGGUGAGGCAGACGCCGACGUCGUACGGCCGGAACGAGACGAACUCGAACGCCGAUUGGUCCGGAUCGGGCGGCUACGAACCCGCCGGUACCCGAGAGUACCACGGUACUUAUUCGUCGUACUCGACCGAAACGGUCGGCGGUAAUUCCGGCGCUUAUGGAGGCGGCGGCGGCGAUGAAAAUGACGUCCCCCAGGAUUACACGCAGAGGACGCUCUGCGAGGCGGCGGACGCCGACAAAGAUCGGUACACGCCCGGUAGCAAGUCGCCGGUGAGCGACGCCGACCUCGACAUUUACAGCGAUAUCGAAGGCGAGGCGGUCAGCACCAGCAAAAGCGACGAGUGUAAACCGGCGACGGCGACGACGCCGAACGAAACGUCCGGGGGCGGCAGACCGUACACCCCUUCGAACGUGCCGUACAGCCCGAACGCUUCGACGUAUUCGCCCAGCGCGGUUUAUUCGCCGACUAGGGCGUACACCCCAUCGAACGUGCCCUAUUCGCCCAGCACUACGGCCGAGGAAAGCGAGACGGACAUGGUGAUCGACACGGAAAAAGUUCAAGAGGAGCAGCACAGAGACGAGACGGCGGUUACGUCGACCGUGAACUCUGCGCAGAAGGACGAGCAGGACGCGCCGCCCGGGUGCGCGGAAGAGAAACCCGGCGACUCCGCCAAACAAGACGAUGACGACGAGUCGAACGACGGGUGUCCCAAUUUCAGUAUUUACUCGAAACAGAGCAAGUCGGUGGCUUUGACGACGGAUCUCGCGCUCCAGCAGCAGCAGCAAUCCACCCAAAUCGACGCGUCCGUUAAGGCGCCAAUUUCCUCAGACUCGGCCGUGCAAGUUUUCACCAGCUCCAAUAUAAUCAGCGGUUUGUACAGCGACUCGGAAGACGAGUCGGUGGUGAAGAAAACGUCGGGCGCGUUCGAAAUCGCCGACAUCAAGGACAUGACCGAGGACAUCGUGAGCGAGGAGGAGCGAACUUACACGCCGUGCAGGGACGAGCGGGACGACAAGGACGCGGGAUUCGACGGUCUCGACACCGAAAUGAUUUCGGAGGACGAGCGGAACGAGUUCGACGAGUCGCGCGAGAUGAAGAUGAUCUCCGACGGCGACGCGUUGGAAAUCAACGCCAAGGAGUCGGAGAUCGAGUUCACGCGGCCCGAGGAUUACGAGGAGGGCGAGAUCGUGGACAAGUCGAAGGAGAAGGCGAAGAAGGAUGACGGUGCCGAGAACGUGACGGAAAAAGAGACGCCGAAGAAGGACAAGGACGGCGGGAAGAAGAGGAAAAAGACGAAAGAGAAGCCGGCGGGCGGGGAUCAGGAGAAGGGGGGCAACAAGGAGAACGAGAACCGGGAGUCGUUUAAGAAGAUUAGCAAGAACAACAAGGAGAGGAACUACAGGGACAAGGAUCGGGGCAGAUCGCGGAGCAAGAGUCCGAAGACGCAGAAGCAAAAGGACAAAGACGAGCAGAGGAAGAAGGAGAAGCGGAAGGAGUUGGAACGGUACAACGUCCGGGCGCUCAUAGCGGACAAGCCGCGGCUGCCGCCGAAGGACAAGUUCGGGCGCGACAUUCGCCGUUCUCCGUCUAAGUCGAGGAGCCGGUCGUACACGCCUCCGCCGAGGGAGAAGCCGGUUUCGCCGCCCGCGACGCCCAGAAGACGAUCCGUUUCGCCGGUGAGGAGACAUUCCGCGUCUCCGGAGAAGACGUCGAGAAGACGAAGAUCCUCGUCGCGAAGACGGUCGGUUUCUAGGGGUCGCCGCGCGGAAAAAACCCGGAAAUCGAAAACCCGGAGGUCGGCGAGCCGUUCGGAGCCACGAAAACGGAACAAGUCGAAAUCCAAGAAACGUAGACGGUCGACGAGCAAGAGUAAGAAAACGCGCGAUUCGAGGCGUACCAAAAAGAGGGCGACCAGUCGGAACAGGCGCAGGUCCAACUCGAGAUCGGCCACGCCCCAGUUGCGACAACGCGAAUGGACGCCGUCGUUUUCCAAGUCUCCGUCGCCGGCGGCGAUUCGUCACGCGUCGCCGUCUUGGACACCGCCCAAGGAUCUGGAAAACGCCGCGCAACCGAUGAGAAGUCAAAAUUUAACGGUGAUCUUGAACAACAGCGGCAAUGGCAGACCGCCGAAGAAUAAACGGGAGAAACGGCGCAAGGAGAAGAGACGGGACGGUUCCGCGAAGCGCAGGAGAAGGGAGAGGGAGCGCACGCCGCCGCCGUCGAAGGAGGUGUUCGCUUCGGGCGACAACAUCCUGGUCAGCGUCAGUUUCAAUAACGAAAACGAAACGCGAGACAUAACGACGCGCGAGAAGAAGAAAAAGGACAGCGAGGAACUGAGGAAGAAGAAGGAGAAGAGGAAGAGCAAGAACAAGGAUCUGGCCGGCGUCAAACCCGUCGCCAUUAUAGACCUUGAACGUUCGCCGUUCCAGGAGAUCAUAUCGUCGCCGAAAGACGUGAUCGUGUUGAGCGACAGCGAUCACAACGACGUUGAGAUUAAUAACUUGGGGAACGACGCGUGCGACUCGUCGCAACAGGUGGCCAGUCCGGAGAGGAUCCCGGUGUACGCUACCGGGCCCAAGACGCCGCCCGAGCCCCAGGUGAAAUUCUCGUUGACGUCGAAGACGUCGCAACUGCGCGCGAUCAGCAACCCGUUGCACGAGCCCGACGAUAACCUCGAGGACGAGGUCCAGGAGGAGAUCGCUAACACGAUGCAUAAAGGACCGAAUACGCCGCCGGAACCGCCCACUUCGCCACCGAGUUCGCCCGACGCUUACGACCCGUUCGAGCCUACGAAAUCGCGAUCGGUCACCCCCGAACCGGCGCAAACCGUACAGAGUAUUACGGAAGACGACGGCCGGGAGGACAAUAUGGACAGCAGGUCCAAUAUCGAUAUGGAGAAAGGAGAUCAAAUGGCGGAUAUGAAAAAAGUCACGACGCCACCGAUAGCCGACAUACAACCGGCCGAUUCCCAGAGCAGCAUUCCGACCACGCCCGAAAGAAAGUCACCCGAGCAGAGGCUCGUCGGCACCGUCAUCGUGCAGGGAAUUCAGACGUCCGUCAGUAUAACGAAACCGGUGGCUCAGACGACGCCGUUCAGUUCGGUGCCGUCGUCCAUAAUAACGUCGGCUCCCGUCUCGAGCAAUAUAACCGCUCAGAGAAUAAACAUUUUGAAUUCCACGUUGAUCGGUCCGUCGCACAACGUUUCCGCCAUACCGCAGAGGAUCGUGUUACCGAAUCAGGUAAAGUCGAGUCCGGUGAAAAUAUCGCCGACGAAAGCGGCCGUCAAAUCGACGCCCAUUAAACCGCUGCAAUCGAAAACUGGCGCGAAAAAGAAGAGAUCGGUCAACGGGAGCGGGGGUAUCGAGGACGGCGGCACCGUAGAUCUGGACUCGCCGUAUUCGCCCGCUUCGAGCGAUUACGAGGACCUAUUCGAACCGCCACCGGAAACCGUUCCGAAAUCCGUUAAGCCGGCCUCCAAGCCGAAGCCUCCGCCGCAAAAGCAUCAAUCUGUAUUCGACACCCUGUUCGGAUCUCCGCCUUACAAGAAGAAGAUGGUCGAUAAGAAAAUCGGCAAGAAAACCGCGCUUACUCCUACGAAAACGAAACACGUGGGUAUUAAAAUUGAUGAAGACAGCCUGAAGAUACUGGAGGAACUUCCCAAUUCCGCGGUAGAAAUGCAGGUGAAGGACAAGUUCUUAAAGAAGCUGAAUCGCCAGGAGAGGGUGGUGGAAGAAGUCAAACUUGUCCUGAAACCGUUUUACAACAAGAAGAAGAUAAACAAAGAGGAGUACAAGGAUAUUAUGAGACGAGCCGUGCCCAAGAUUUGCCACAACAAGUCGGGCGAGAUCAAUCCGAUCAAAAUCCGAAAGCUGAUUGAAGCGUACGUCAAGAAGAUAACUCACAGCAAAAAGGUGACUUCCUCGAGUUCAUUACCUCAGAAAGUGUGAGAACGGCUAGUUUAAGGGGAACUUUAUAUUUUGUAAAUAUAUUAAGUUGUAGCGUGAGUUUGAAACUACUAUCUGAAUUGUAGAAAUAUUUAACUGAUUAAUUGAAUCUUUAUAAUUUAUUUGUGUAAGGUUUUUAGAUAUUGAA